GGAAAUGCAGGGCUCUACAAUGUGCUGGCUGCCUCUUUACUAUUGGCCAAAUUCCUGUGAGGGUGGAACAGAGGCCAGAGAUUAUUUAAAUCCCGCCAGCUCCUCACACACAGUUUAGACAUUGCAAGCGACAGCUCUUUUAUCUCUGCAGAGUGACCACACCAGCACACAGGACCUGUUCCAGUGCGAGGCCAGUCUGUGCAGAGGAGUGUUUCUGCCCUGGGCUGCAGGGAGCACUUCAUCCAGGCUCUGCAUUUCCUGCCCUGCCAGAGGACACAUUCAGAGCUCAACCCUGACACGAGAAGUCUCUUUUCUUUCAGGAGCUGGGACAUCAGAGAAAUACUCCAUCUGACAUACAGAGACAAGCACUGCUAUGAUGGGAGAAAGACUGAGAAAUGAUUCAGGGAGCAGUAGGAGGAUAAGGCAAACUGUUGGCUCUUCCUAGGACACCCCAACCCAACACAAUUCCAUUCCUUCCUUACAGAGUAUCCUGGAUCUGAAACCAGUUUUGGAUGGUCCCAGAGGAAACUGUCUCUGCUUAAUGGCUGGACCCCCCCACCCCGCCCAUGAUGGCUAAUUUCCAGGAAGACCACUGAUUUCUGCAUGAUCACAGUCACCUGCUGCUUCUUGGAGCAGGAAAGUGAGAGAACUCCUACUGUUCAGCUUGGCUAAUAAGCCUGCUAGUGUGAAGACAUGAAAGAGCUUGGAGAAGAUUAAUCAAGAAAAGGCAUGCAGAAGAUCCUGCCCAGACAGACUCACAGAUCAGAAUCUUCAUACACUGCAGUAAGAGUUGGAGGGAGUAAGAAGAACCAGAGAAAAGUCUUCCUCAGAGAUCCUAAUAAGACCAGAGAAGAUUCACCAAGAGGUUACUGGGAGGCCUGCCCAGAGCUCCACUCGGACCUUAGCAUGAAAUCCUCACUGGAGACAUGUGAGGUCACUCCACUGCUCAGCGAUGUGACACAGCCCACCCACUCUCUUCACACACCAUUACUUACAUCCUCCAACUAUGAUAUGCCAUACAAUAUGGGCUGGAGUAGCUUAUCUAAGGAGACUGCCAUAAACAUUGAAAAGGCCUUGGGAGGAAGGAAGUUGCUGGAGGUGGUCCCUAUGGUCAGGGAGACCCUGGAGAGAGCAUCCAGUGUCCCAUUGAGAAUUGCUGUGACUGGGGACUCUGGCAAUGGCAUGUCUUCUUUCAUCAAUGCACUGCGGGGAAUUGGGCAUGAUGAGGAGGAUUCAGCUCCCACAGGGGUGGUAAAAACCACCCAGAUUCCCACUUGCUACUCUUACCCCCACUUUCCCAAUGUGGAACUGUGGGACCUACCUGGAACAGGGGCAGGCACCCAAAGUCUGGAGAACUACCUGGAGGAGAUGAAAUUUAGCUGGUAUGACCUCUUCAUCAUUAUUGCAUCUGAACAGUUCAGCAUGAAUCUUGUGAAGCUUGCCAAGGCCAUCCAGGUCCUGGGAAAGAGAUUCUACAUUGUCUGGACCAAGCUGGACAGGGACCUCAGCACAAGUGCUCUCUUGAAAGAACGUCUCCUGCAGAAUAUUCAGGAGAAUAUUCAGGAAAAUCUCCAGAAGGAGAGGGUUUUCGAACCCAUCAUAUUCCUGGUCUCCAGCUUUGAGCCCUUAUUGCAUGACUUCCCAGAGCUUAGGAACACCUUGAACAGGGACAUUUCUGAUAUCAGGUACUGUGGUCCCCUAAAGAAUCUGUCCCACACUUAUGAGAAGGUCAUUAGUGACAAAGUGACCAUGUUCAGGGGGAAAAUAGCCUCAAAGUCUUUUGACACCCUUGGCAUUUGGAAUGCAGAUGAUCUUGGGGAGUGUCUGAUAGCCUACCACUUGUUCUUUGGUGUGGAUGAUGAGUCUCUCCAACAGAUAGCUCAGAGUAUGGGGAAACCCAUGGAGGAGUACAGGGCCAUUAUGAAGUCUCGGGAUCUGCACACUAUCAUUAGAGGGGACUGGGCAGUAUCUUGCAUGAAUUGUAAUACAUCCUCUUGCUUAUAUACAAUUCUGAGGUACAUCCCACUGUUAGGCGACUUUAUUAUCAACUUUCUGAGAAAGUGGAAACACAGACGCCUCCUGGAAAUAGUGGCUGAGGACACCAGAACCAUCUUGAAGAAAAUCCUGAAAGACUCCAUCAUCUGAAGAGUUGAUGUCAUCAGGAACCUUCUAGAGGGAAGUCAGAACAUCUGGUAUCCUAUAUUCACACUGUACCCUUUCUGAAUUCCCAAUCAAGAUCACUUACUUCCACUUUUAUUGAAUCUAAGUUUCUUGAGGUAAAUGAGCUGACUUGCUCAUUUUGAACCCAUGUCACGAAAUUCCCAAAUAUGUUCUACUUCUUGCCAUUUGUUAAAUGAGCCUGGAUCCAAAGGUGGAAGAAAAGAUUUGCUCAGUGUGACACACAGUCUUAUUGUGACAUCCACCCCUUAACGCCAUUUAUCUGAUGCCCAUGUUCUUUCACCUCUCACCUCACAUUCUGUGGACUCAUACAAUCUUGACCUGCCCCUAGGUCAGUGGUAGACACUCUAAGAUGGCCUCCAACAUUUUCUCCUGUUUUUAGGGCUAUGUUUAAUCCCUUCCCCUAGAAUGACUAAUAGAGUAUGACAGCAAUAAUAAAAUGUCCAUAAAUUCCAAAAUUUUGUUAUGAAAAGCCUGCAGCUCUGUCUUAUAAACACUCUGCUCACUGGAUCUCUCUUGCUCCUGCUCCAGCUCUCUGUCUCCCUCCUACUCUCCCUCUCCUUUUUUCCCCUCUCUGCCUAGAAACCAUAGAAAGUUUAUACUAACCUGCUGGAGAGGCUCUGAAGCAUCAGAGGCAGCCUGCACUAACUGCCAGCCAUGUAAAUAAGUCAUCUUGGGAGUAAAUCCUUCACCCUAGCAAGAUUUCAGAAGAGGCAACUCAGCUGAUAGCUUGACUACCACCUCAGGAGAGACCCUUAUCCAGAGCUACACAACUAAAACUGCUCCUAGAUUACUGACCCCCAGAAACUGUCAGCAAAUAAACACUAGUUUUAAGUCACUAAGUUUCAGAGUAGUUGUUCCACAGUAACAGAAAAAACAAUACCAACAAGAAGCUCCUUACAGAACUAGUAGUUGUGAGUGACCUCUUCCCUCUGUGAUUCUCACUCCUGCAUGGACCCAGCACAAAGGAGCUGUACCCUCUCCAAUCACAGCCCUUCCCUCCUUGGCCUCUGGAUGUGCAUUUCCCUGCAUUCGACUGAAGGACCAGCUGCUGUCAACAUUCACAGGUCAUUUCAUCAAGCCUCAGGCCACACAGAGUCAUCCUGUUUGGGGCUCUAUAUUUAAGAAGAAAAAGCAGGGAAAAAAAGAAGUAGCUAGACAGAGCAAUGCUCAGUGGUGAGAAAGAGAGGAAAUGACAGUAGAAUGGGACUACUCCCCUGAGGAAGAGCAGGCUAGGGAUCUCUCUGAAGGUGUUCUAUACAAUACUUUUAAAUUCUCAUUAUCACUUGCACUAGUUGCUCUCCCAACCUGGAGCACAGGGCUCACUCUUAUCUGUCCAUUAUGUUGGUGGUGCUGGUGCUUCUUGGAUUUCCUCUUGCCUGGUCAUUUACAUUGAGUCCAUUCUCAAAGUGAGAAAAAAGUUCUCUGUGUGGUAUACUUUCUGAGUCUUCACGUUUUGAAUUAAUGCCUUUAUUUUGUGAUCACUCUCAAUAGUUUAACUGAGUUCUGAAUUCUAGAUACAACAACAUUUUCUCUUAGAACUCUAAAGAUCUAUCUUCUUCAAGCAUGCCUUGUUGCCAGUAAAAAGCCCAAUGCCAAUUCCAUACUUAUUCCUUGGAUGGUCACCUGUUUGUCUCCAGGGAAAAUUCAUCCCUGGGGUUCAGUAGUGUCACCAGGCACUAGUGACCUGGAGUACUUCCACUUACCACUCAGUAUUCAGAAGGCUCUUUAAAUGACAGCUGACGUGAAAAGACAUGGAGGAAACUGAAAUGCAUAUUACCAAGUGAGAGAAACCAAUCUGGAAAGGAUAAAUACUGCACAAUUCCAAAGGCAUAACAUUCUAAAAAAGGCAAAACUGUAGAGUCAAUAAAAAGACCAGUGGUUUCCAAGUGUUCAGAGGAGGUAGGGAUAAGUUGAUGGAGCAUAGAGGCCAGUGAAACCAGUCUGUGUGAUAUGACAAUGGUGGAUCAGUGAUGGAUAAAUUAUACUUUUGUCAAAACCCAUAGAAUACAUAGCACCAAGAGUGACCCCAAUGUAAACCAUGGAUGUGGAGGGAGAAAGAUGGAUCAGUUUGGGUUCAUGAAUUGUACAAUGAAUGAUGUGAGUUGUUGAUAGUGGGGGCUAUAGGUGUGUGAGGGCAGGGGAUACAUGGGAGCCUUCUGUACCUUCUUCUCCAUUUUGCCAUGACAGUAAAACUGUUUUGAGAUAUAGUCUAUUGAAAAAGAUAAUGUCUGCUGACAUCAUUCUUCA